AACUUCAUCUUUUUCAUUUCAUUCACUUCAAUGGAUCCACGUGCAACUUACAGCUGCAGAAACUGCCAAACUCCUAUUGCUUAUCGUGCUGAACUUCUUUCCAAAAGCUAUAUGGCAAAAACAGGGCAAGCAUUUCUGUUCUCUCAUGCAAGGAACAUUGUGUUUGGGCAAAAGCAAGAGAGAAAUAUGAUAACUGGUGUGUACACCAUUGCUGGCAUCUUCUGCAGCAACUGUGGUGAAGAAUUAGGUUGGAAAUACCUUCAAGCUUCUGAGGCAAGACAGAAGUUCAAGGAAGGCAAAUUUAUAAUUGAACGUUCAAAGAUUUCCAAACAAUACUAGCUUCUAUGCUUAAUGAGAUAUGUUUAAUAAUGUCUUUAGAAUCCUGUAAGAAAUUAAAAGAAACAGAAAGUGAUUUCGAGUGAAAAUAGUUUAUGUGAGUUUCAUGAAUAGCAGAUUUCUCUUUCAUAUCUGAAGAGAAGAAACAUUAUCUUCAUAAUAAGAGAUGAAAAACUACUUUAUCCUUUGCA